AUGGGUUCAUCCUCAGGAAGAAGUCAAAACUACACGCCCUUAAACGCUUCACUCGAUCAGGUGCUCAUGCAAAUCAAAGAUGGCCCUUCUUUAAAGUGGCCGGAAAAGAUGAAAGGAGAUCCCAAUAAGCGCAAUAAGAAUAAAUAUUGUCGCUUCCAUAGAGAUCAUAGGCAUGACAUGGACGAGUGUUAUGACUUGAAGCAGCAGAUAGAAAAUCUCAUUAGACAAGGAAAGUUUAGGCACUUCGUUGGAAGGGAUUAUAAAGAUGAGAAGUUGAAGGGAAAGAUGGAGGAAUCAUCAUGGCCCUCACUAGGAGAGAUAAGGGUUAUCAUAGGAGGGACUUCGACGAGACAGUCUUCCAAGUCAAAGAAGACGUAUCUCAAAGUGGUGCAAAAUGUCCAACUCUUUGGACGAUCCCCAAGGACGAGAGCAAUUGACGAGCCAACUAUUUCAUUCACCGACGAAGAGGCUGAAAGGAUCCAUCACCCGCAUGAUGACGUAAUUGUCAUUACCCUGCUCAUCGCAAAUUAUACAACCAGGAGAGUGUUGAGGAAUAAUGGAAGUUCAACAGAUAUAUUGUACUACCCUGCCUUCCAAUAG